AUGCCACCAGUUGGAGCGCCGGCCGCUGGCGCGGCUCCCGGAGCAGCUCCAGCGACCGCCGCUCCUUCCGGGGGCGGCAACGCUCCGUCGCCGUCCCCGCCUGCUCCCUCGAUGGCGCACGACGACUCCAAAUCGCCCGCCGUCGUGAGGAUCCCGCACCCGAACCACGCGCAUCGCAGCAUUCAUGCACAACGCGCGCACCGCAGCAUUCAUGCACAACGUGCGCACCGAGUCACGACGCUUCCAAUGGGUCGCGGAGCGCCGCCCAUGCACGCGGCGGGUCGCGGGGGGCCUAUAGGCGCGCCUCCCAUUGGCGGUCCCCCGCAGCCUUCCCCCGGCGGCGGUUUGUUGCCCGGGCCUGCAGGCCGCGGACAGGUGAACAUCUCUUUGCGCCUGCUGACUUUCCUCCUCUCGCGUCCCCCUCCUUCCGCUCCUCUCCGCCGUUUCCACCCCGUACCUCCUUUCGCACCCCGUCCUUCCUGCUCUUACACUGUCCUUAUUCACAUCACCCGACACCCGCUCGCCCCUCAUUGCAGUACCAGCCGCCAGGAGCGCCAGGAGCUCCGGGAGCGCCGGGAGCGCCGGGAGCACCGCCGGGCGCGCCAGGCAUGGGAGUGCCGCACCUGCCGCCGGGCCCAGGACGCACUCAGCCACCGCCCCAGCAGCCGCCAGGGCAAGCCCCUCCGGGACAGCAGCAGGCGCAGGGGCAAGGGCCGCCGGGAGCGCCAGGCGCGCCGGGAGCACCGGGCGCACCGGGAGCGCCAGGAGCUCCCGGAGCGCCGGGAACAGCAGCACCAGGGGCGGGGGGACCAGGCGGACCUGCCCCUCCCGGCGCUCCUUAUGGCGCUCGCCCUGGCGGGCCCCCGCUUCCCCCUGGCGCCCCCCCUCAGCCCCACGUUCCCUCCCUCCCUUCUUCCUGCCUCCGUCCCUUUCCCUUUCCUCCUCCUUGUCGCUAGCCUGAUCCUUCCCUCUCUCCCUAGCUCCCUCUUUUCUCCCUCCUGCCCGCAGCCCGCGUCCAACCGUCCGCUUUCCUUUGCUUUCCUGGCUGACUUGCCUUCUCACUUGUCAUGUCAUCGCUCUGGGCACUACGCCUCUCCCCAGCAGCAGUUCCGCCCGCCCUACCCAGGCGCCCCUCCGCCGCGCCCCUUCCCCCCGCUUCCCCCGAACGCUCCGCCCGGCCACCUUCCCCCGUACGGCGCGCAAGGGCACCCCCAACAGUACCCCGGGCAGCACCAGCCGCACCCGCAGUACCCCGGCGCCCCCGGCCAGCCCCCCCAAUACCCCGGCCAGCAGCAGCAGCAGCAGCAGCAGCAGCAGCAGCAGCAGCAGCAGCAGCAGCAGCAGCAGCCGCCGCCGCAGCAGCAGCAGCCGUACCCGUCCUACCCCCCCAUGCCCGGUCACAUGCCCGCCCCCGGAUCCUACCCCCCCCAGCAGCACCCGCCCCAUCAGCAACCGCACUGGCAGGUGCCCGGCGCGCCUGCGCCAGGGGGAGCGCAGGGGGGGCCUGGCGCUGGAGGGGCGCAGGCAGCAGCGCAGGGCGCGCCUGGGGGGGCAGCCCCUGCUGCCACUACUGCUGGAGGGGUGCCCCUCCCCCAGAUGCCACCUCCCGCCACAGCAACACCCGCCCCCGCGGCCACGCAAGCCGCACCUGGGGGAGGCGCAGCUGCUGCCCCAGCGGGCGCUACGGGUACCGGGGGCGGAGCGGCGGCGGAGUGGCAGGAGUACACAACUCCGCAGGGGCGCAAGUAUUUCUUCAACAAGCGCACGCAGCAGUCCAGCUGGGAGAAACCCACUGACCUCAUGACUCCCAGCGAGCGUGCGGACGCCACAACAGUGUGGAAGGAGUUCACGACAGCGGAGGGGCGAAAGUACUUCUUCAACAAGAUCACCAAGCAGAGCACGUGGACCAUCCCCGCUGACCUCAAGCUGGUAGAUGUGCCAGAGUGGUGUUUCUGUGUGUGCCUCAUGAAGCUCACCAAGCAGAGCACGUGGACCAUCCCCGCUGACCUCAAGGCCGCACGGGAGAGGGCUGCCGCAGAACAAGCAGCAGCGGCAGGCACAGCCGCACCUCCCGCCGCCGCUGCCGCUGCCGCUGCUCCCGCUGCUGCCGCUCCCGCUGCUCUCCCUACAGCACCCGUGACACCAGUAGCACCAGUCAUGCCAGGAGCACCCGGAGCAGCAGCAGCAAUGGCGAGUGUGGUGCCUCCCCUGCCAGGUGUCCCCCCACCCACUGCCGCACCAGGAGCUGUACCUCCUGCUGCCUACGCGUACACGCCUCCUCUCCCAGGGAUGGCGCCGUUGGUGCCAGGCGCAGGGCCGCUGGGUGCUUCCCCUGUGCCGCUUGCUGGUGUUCCUCUGCCUGCUGCCGCUGCUACCGCGCCUGGAAUGGCUGCCCUGACCCCGCCGCUUCCGCCUGCUGCGGCCACACAGGCACAGGUACAACCAGCUCAAGCUGCAGCAGAGGCCAAGGGAGCGCCAGGAGUGAGCAAGAUCAACAUCACGCCCAUCACGGAACCCAAGCCGCCUCCCGCCCCUGUGGGCGAGCCUGUCUAUGCUACCAAGCAGGAGGCCAAGGCGGCGUUUAAGGAGCUGCUGGAGGCGGUGGGGGUGACGUCAGAGGGCACGUGGGAUCAGGCGAUGAAGAAGAUCAUCAGUGACAAGCGAUACGGCGCUCUCAAGACGUUGGGGGAGAGGAAGCAGGCCUUCAAUGAGUACAUAACGCAGCGCAAGAAGCAGGAGGUGGAGGAGAAACGGCUGCGGCAGAAGAAGGUGCGCGAGGACUUCAUCGCCAUGCUGGACGAGUCCAAGGACCUCUCCUCCUCCAUGCGCUGGCAGAAAGCGGCGGCGCUGUUUGAGAAGGACCUGCGGUGCGUGGCGGUGGAGUCGGAGAGGGAGAGGGAGGAGCUCUUUGACGACUACCUCGUUGACCUCGUCAAGAAGGAGAAGGACCGAGUGAGGGAGGAGAGGAAGCGCAACAUGGCGGAGUUCAAGCACUACCUCGAGACGUGCGGCUAUGUCACCUCCGCCACGCACUACCGCAAGGUGCAGGACCGCCUGGAGGAGCAUGAGAGCUGCGCCAAGCUCGAUAAGAUCGACCGCCUUGAAGUCUUCCAGGAGCAACAGCGGCGCCAGGAGCGCAAGAACCGGGAUGGCUUCCGGCGGCUGAUGGACGAGCACAAGGCGGCGCUCACCCUCACUGCUCGCACUCGCUGGCGUGACUACGUCAACGUGGUAUGUGUGGAUCUACUCUAUCCCUCCCAUGUCAACGUGGUGAAGGACGAGCCGGCGUACAUGGCAGUAGCAGCCAACCUGGGCGGGUCAACGCCCAAGGAGCUCUUUGAGGAUGUCAUUGACGACCUCGACAAGCAGUACAAGGAGGACAAGGACAAGAUCAAGGACCUCAUCAAGAAGAAGAAGGUGCGUUGUAGUAAUCAUGGGGCUCGUCUCGUUGUCCUCGAGGCUAGAGCACGUAAGGCCUCCACCCCACCCCACCUGUCCUCUGACAAGGAGGACAAGGACAAGAUCAAGGACCUCAUUAAGAAGAAGAAGCCAUUCAUCUAUCUUCCCCUACUGCCUUCUAACUCAUCCCCUAUUCGUGUGUCAAAAUCGUUGCACCCCCCAACAGUGAGCCCCCGACUUGCUUCCGCCCUGACCCUACCCCCCUCUCUCCGAUUUCUCGUGCCCUCCACCUCCCAAUCUUUCUCCUCCUUCCCCCCUCCCCUCCUUCCUUUCUCCUCCCCUCCUUCCUUUCUCCUCCCCUCCUUCCUUUCUCCUCCCCUCCUUCCUUUCUCCUCCCCUCCGCGAUUUCCCCCCCAGGUGGUGGUGACGUCAGCCACCACCUUCGAGGCGUUCAAGGCUGCUCUGGGCUACGCCCCUCCACCUCCCCCGCCGCCUCCCCUCGCUGCUGCUCCCGAUGCUGGUGCUGGCACGGCAGUAAAGGCGGAGGCGAAGGAGGAGGGGAAGGAGGGAGAUGUGGAGAUGAACGGAGUGAAAGAGGAGGGGGGCGUGAAGAAGGAAGACGGAAUUACGGAGGAGGGAGCAAAGGAGGGAGCGAAGGAGGGAGAGGGGGAGGCAGGGAAGGUGAAGGAGGAGCCUCAGGAGGAGGGCAAGGAGGGAGGAGAGGCGGGAGCUGCUGAGGACAACAAGACAACAGUCAAGCAGGAGGAGGGCGACAAGGCAGUGAAGCAGGAGGAGGGCGACAAGGCAGUGAAGCAGGAGGGCGCGGGCCCGGCGAAGAAAGAGGAGCAGGCGGAGGAGAGCAAGGAGGGCAAGGAGGAGGUGAAGCUGCCGCCACCGCCACCGCUGCCACCGAAAGCUGAUGAGUCGACUCCUAAGGUCGCCGAUAUGAGCCUCAAGAUAGUGUGGGAGGAUCUGGUGGAACGAGCAGUGGAGAGGGAGGAGAAGGAGGCUCGGCGCAAGAAGCGGCUGGCAGAGGACCUCGCGGACGCAUUGAGGGGCGUCAAGGGGCUCUCUGGGAGCAGCACGUGGGAGGAGGCGAAGCCACUCGUUCAGUCGCUGUCAGAAUACAAGGCGAUACCGGAGGAGGCGGAGAGGCGCAAGGUGGUGGAGGAGCAUGUGGCUCGGCUGCUGCACAAGGAGAAGAAGAGGGAGAAGGAGAAGGAGAAAGAGAAGGAGAAGGAGAGGAAGAAGAAGGAAGAGAAGGUGAUGAUGAUUCCACUUGUUCUUUCCUUCCUUUCCACUGUGAUUCCACUUGUUCUUUCCUUCCUUUCCACUGUGAUUCCACUUGUUCUUUCCUUCCUUUCCACUGUGAUUCCACUUGUUCUUUCCUUCCUUUCCACUGUGAUUCCACUUGUUCUUUCCUUCCUUUCCACUGUGAUUCCACUUGUUCUUUCCUUCCUUUCCACUGUGAUUCCACUUGUUCUUUCCUUCCUUUCCACUGUGAUUCCACUUGUUCUUUCCUUCCUUUCCACUGUGAUUCCACUUGUUCUUUCCUUCCUUUCCACUGUGAUUCCACUUGUUCUUUCCUUCCUUUCCACUGUGAUUCCACUUGUUCUUUCCUUCCUUUCCACUGUGAUUCCACUUGUUCUUUCCUUCCUUUCCACUGUGAUUCCACUUGUUCUUUCCUUCCUUUCCACUGUGAUUCCACUUGUUCUUUCCUUCCUUUCCACUGUGAUUCCACUUGUUCUUUCCUUCCUUUCCACUGUGAUUCCACUUGUUCUUUCCUUCCUUUCCACUGUGAUUCCACUUGUUCUUUCCUCUUCCCCUCUCUCGGAUCACAUCUCAACUCCUUCUGUUACCACCUUACCACCUCAUCUUACAUUCUCCCUCUUGCCUGUGCCUGCGAAGAAAGAAGAAGAGAAGAAGGAGAAGGAGAAGAAGGAGAAGGAAGAGCGGGAGAAAGAGAAAGAGGAGAAGGAGAAGAGGAAGGAGAGAGAGAAGAAGGAAAAGGAGGAGAAGAGGGAAAAGGAAAAGGAGAAGGAGAAGGAGAGAGAGAAAGAUAACGAAAAGGAGAAGGAGAAACGGGAGAAGGAGAAGGAGAAGGAGAAGGAGAAGGCGAAGGAGAGAAGCAAGGAGAGGAAGGGAGAGGAGAGUGAAAGUGAUUCUGAGAAGGUAAGUGAGGAUCGGAGGAGCAAGGGCAAGGAGAGAGCAAAGAAGGAUAAAGGCAAGGAAGCAGAGGGAAGCAAAGAAGAUAAGGCGAAAGGGGACGAGAAGGAUAAGAGGGAUGGGGCUGAGGACAAGAAGAGAGAUGGGGAGAAGAAGAGGAAGGAUAGGGGAGAAUCGGAUGAGAGCGAGGGAGAGGAGGAAGAGUUAGAGGAGGGAGAGGACAGGCCUAGGGGCAGCAAGCAGGCGAGGAAGAGUGGUGAUGUGUCUGAUGAGGAAGGAAAGGAGCGCGCGAAAGGGAAGGAGUUGGAACGAUCGAAGGCAAAGGAGAAGAGGAAGGAGCACAGGAGGAGGUCUAGGAGGGACGAGAGUGAGGAUGAGGAUGAGGAGGAUGAGGAAGAGAGGGAGAAGGGUGGGAAGAAGCGAGAGAAGAGGGAUAGGGAGGAGGAGAAAGAGAAGAGUCGAUCCAAGGAUAAGCGAGAGAAAGAUGAGAAGGACGAGAAGGGGAAGGGGAAGGAGAAGGAGAAGGAUAGGGAGGAGAAGAAGAAGGGGAAAGGGAAGGACGAUAAGGAAAGGGAGAAGGAGAAGGAGAGGAAGCACAGGAGGAGGCAUCGGGAUGAUGAGGAGGAUGAGGACGAGGAGGAGGAUGAGAAAGAAUCUCGCAGGUCCAAGCGUAGCAAGGGCAGCAGCAACCACCGGCGGUCCUCCCGCAAGGACCAUGAGAGUGACAGUGAGUCAGAGGACAGCGGGCACAGGAGCAAGGAGCGUGAGAGGAAGCACCGCAGCAGCAAGUCCAAGAAGUCGUCACACCGCUCGCGAGCAGAUGAGGAUCUGGAGGAUGGGGAAGUGGUCCCAGCAGUGCUCCAUCCGUUCCGUCUGUUCUACCGGAUAAGCUACCCGAGUCGCGUUCCCCGUACCACACCAUCGCCGCACCCCUCGCGUUCAACCGCUCCACCGCCGCACCCCUCGCGAGUGGCAAUGGCGGAAGCAAGUCAUACAAAGGCGGUCGCCGCCCCUUUUUCCAUAGCGCUCGCUCCUCCGCACGCGGCGGAUUCCACAGCGCCAACGGCGGCGCCAGUCGCGGCGUCAGUUGCGGCGCCAGUUGCGGGGGAGAUGGAGGCGCCGUUGAUCGAGCCGUCGCACACGCUGAGCGAUAGUAUGCCCGCUGGCACGCACGUGGUGCGCCCAAUAGGAGGGGGAAGGGAUGGGGGGGGAGGGGGGAUUGGGGGAGGGGGGGAGGGUCGGGAGAAGGGAGGGGGCCGUGCGGGGAAGUCGUUGGCAAAAAAAAAGCUAUUGGAGAGGACCAGCUCCGCUCUCUUCAUCCGCCUGCCGUCCCUCCACUGCGCCAAUCCCCCCUUCUCAUCUCUCCCGUCCACUGGGCUAAUCCCCAUUUCCCCCUUGCGACCAAUCCCCCUUAACCCUCCCCAAUUCUUCCCCCCAGCUACUGGAGAGGACCAGCUCCGCCCUCUUCAUCCGCAUCCCGCCCCUCCAGCCGGCCAAAGCGGCGCUCGGCUUCACGGGGAGCCGACACCCCUGCCGCCCUUCACACCUGUUGUCUGUCUCAGCUCUCUGCGCACUGUGAGCCCUCGGAACGGUGUUGAGGGGUGGGGUCCGGAGGGAUGGGGAGGGGUAGUGCUGAGCGUAUGCUAUGCGUUGUGUGUGCACGAUGCAAACAUACAAUUCUCUGUACCAAUACCCCUUCCCUUCAACCUCCCCACUCCACCCUUCCGAACCCCUCUCUUCUACACAUCCCUCUUCCAUGCCGCCAAUGUCAGCCUGGCCGUGCUGAGCGUGUGUGCAGCAUUCAUGGUGCGCUUAAUGCGAACGCGCCUCAUGGCAGUCGUCAGCGUGUGUGCAGCGUUCACGGUGCGCACGAUGCAAAUCGACGGCUCACAGCUGCUGCACACGUGGCAGCUGUUUGAUUGGACCAUCGACACCACCAUCCCCACCGCAUCCAUCAUUCGCGUCUCCCUCUGCAAAAUGGAGUGGGGGGGUUUGUUGAGUGGUGCUGAGGGGUGCAGACGGGUGUUGAGGGGUGUUGGAUGGACAAAUGACACCAGCAUCCCCACCACGUCCAUUCAGCUAGUCUCCCUCUGCGGAAUGGUAAGAUCCUCACAUCACCUCCUCCCUCGCAUCACCUCCUCCCUCGCAUCACCCCCUCCCUCGCAUCACCUCCCCUGCGCCCCACACCCCUCACCACUUCCCCUCUUUCAGGAGAAACGCUUUGACACGACGUACUUCUGCCGAGUAGCAGCAGCAGACGGCAAGCAGCUUGACUUCGGGGGGCAUUUGCGCCGCAAGGAGUGCGUGUGGCUGCAGCACGAGGAGAGGCGCUCCAGCACGACGUACUUCUGUCGAGUAGCAGCAGCAGACGGCAAGCAGCUUGACUUCGGGGGGCACCUGUCUCUAGAGGAGAACGUGUGGCUGCAGCACGAGGUGUCCUCGUACCUGCUCUCCCUGGCUGCCGAGUCCGUUUGA